AUGUCCGAAAGUGCUUAUAAUUCACCGAUGGUACACCGCAGGUUGACCGAAUCCUGCUGCAGUUCUCCUGCAAGAAGCAUCGGCAGCCGUAUUACCGAUAUUUUAACGGACUCUGACGGUGAAGAUGACAUUCUUUUUACUGAAGUGCCAGGGACCCCAGAACAGACCAUUAUGGCCGGAUGGCUCAAGUUUAGGGACAAUAAAAAAAUUGAAUGCCAUGGAAUUUUAUUCCAUUUUAUUUCAGUUAAUUUAUACAGAAGAGAAAGACGUGUACUUUGCACGGGGCGCAGGCAGGCUUUAGGUUCCAAUUAG